UCCUGAACCAGAUCAUCAGGAAUUCAGCCAGCAAUCGAUCCAAACUUCUUCUUCAACCAAGUUCCAGACCUUCAAUAUAUCAGACACUCUCAGCUCCGUUCAAUAUGCGUUUCACUCCUGCUCUCACAGCAGUUCUAGGCCUCUACGGUGUUGCAAAUGCAAUUCCAAACCCCAUUGCGGCGGCUUCAGUUCCAACCACUGGCAGCCAGGCUCCUUACCCAGCUACCAAGCAGUCUGGCAAUAGCACGUAACGCCCUAGCAGAAUUCGACAUCGUCUGGUGGUUCCUAUCCUUCGGUCUCCCCACCAUAUCCUACACCGCUUACGGUAACUGGGGAACAUGCUACAACAUCCCAGGCCUUUUUGGUGUUGAGACUGGGAGCAUCAAGCCGGAGAGCGGUAGUCCUGGUUGUUGGGUCUAUCCGAAGACUAAUUGUGUCGGCAAUUAUACUGUUAUUGGGCCCAAGGGAGAUGAUAUCUGGGAUGGGAGCAGUGGGAGUUUUAUUUGUGAUCCGCCGGCUUCGAAGUAAGAUGUCUUCGAAGACUGGUGCGGUUGAAUGGAUGGGGAUGAGGUGAGGUGAGGUCAGAUGAGAAGAGGAAGAUCGUGUGAAGCGAGGAAAGGGGGAGGAAGGCU